CCACAUUUUCACACCUCGAAGACGUUGCUACAGAUGCCAGUCGCCAUGGAUCACCUCGUAACAGUCGUCGUUGGGUACACAGCUUUCUGCGUUCUCUUUCUCGCGGUCUUCGCCACUGUUAAAGGUGUCUACAACAUCUUCCUGCAUCCCCUGCGUCGCUAUCCUGGCCCGAAGACGUGGACUGCAACACGCCUCACCUGGGCCUACUCAAUGCAAUCAGGACGCUUCCACGAACACCUCCACGAACUCCAUCAGCGAUACGGCCCGGUCGUUCGCAUUGCACCAGGGGAGCUAUCUUACAUCGAUCCCCGAGCGUGGAAAGAUAUCUACCAGCCUCACGCAGGCCAUCAAGUGAUACCGAAGGGUACUUGGAUCAAAGUGCCUCCUGGAGAACCCCACAGCGUCGUCACUCUUGACGAAGCUGCACACACGCGCAACCGCCGUGCCCUCAUGGGCGCCUUCACCGAGCAUGCAAUCCUCGAGCAUGCGCCGAUCCUAGAAUCCCACGUCAGUCUCAUGAUGCACAAAUUCAGGGAGCAAGCCACCUCGUCGCAGGGACGUGUUGCCGUCGUCGACAUGGCCGCCUGGCUCAACUUCCUCACCUUCGACAUCUCCGGCGCAUUGUCCUUCGGCGAAUCGUUCGACUCGGUCAAGAACGGGAAGGCCCAUCCUUGGGUCGAGAUAUCCUGCUCGUUUGGCAAAGGCAUCGCGCUCAUGGCGUCGGUCAAUUUCUUUUCGCCCCUCGACAAGCUCCUCGCGUACAACAUUCCGAAGAAGGUGCUGCAGAAAAUGGAGUACCACAAGCAAUUGGUGCAUCAGAAGUUCCUCCAGCGCAUGGCUAUGCCAAAUAAGGGCAAGAGCCAGGACUACGUCGGCUCGAUCCUGCAGUACAACGAGACUAAGGGCGAAGUCAAGAUCCCCGUGGAAGAACUGGAGAACAACAUGAACGUUCUCAUAUUUGCGGGAAGCGAGACUACUGGCACGGCUCUGGCUUCCAUUAUCAAUGCGCUGCUGCGCUAUCCGGAGGCUCUGCAGAAAGUUGUGGAAGAGAUUAGAGGUGCAUUUGGCAGCGAGGACCAGAUAACCGUAAGCACCGUCGGUCACUUGGAGUACCUCACAGCCGUCAUACAGGAGGGCAUUCGCCUUGGACCGCCGGCAGCGGUCGCUCUUCCCCGGGUAAUUCCUAAGAGUGGAGAGGUGAUUUGCGAUCAAUGGGUUCCUGGCGGCACUUACGUAUCCCUCAACCAAUACCCCGCCUACCGCUCCCCAACCAACUUCACCCAUCCCAACUCCUUCAUCCCCGAGCGCUUCACUCCUUCCAACCCGUUCCCUUCAGACAACAUCUCCGUGUUCGAGCCCUUCCUGGUGGGUCGCCACAAGUGCCUUGGCCAGAAGCUUGCUUGGGCGGAAAUGCGGCUCACGCUUGCCAAGCUCUUGUUCUGCUUUGAUAUCGCUCCCGUGGAGGCAUUGGGCGACUUUGGCGAGCAGAGAACGUAUAUUUUUUGGGAGAAGAAACCGCUGAUGGUGGAGCUAAGGGAGAGGAAUGGGUAG